AUGGGUAGCGUUACUUCCAAGGGAGAUCACCACACCACUCCAUUGUUGAAUCUGUGUAAAGAGAGGAAUGAAAUGAUCAGAGGAGCGAGAGACGCUCGUUACCACUUAGCGAAAUCUCAUCUUCUUUAUUUUCGAUCUCUUUUGGAUUUCAGCACCGCUCUUACUCAGUUCGUGCAUAAGGAUCUGGUCGUGGUUCCGUUUUCUUCGGAUGACGAUUCGUCUAGUAGUGAGCUGGUUUGUUCGGAAUCAGACUCCGACUCUUCCUCUUACUCUUCCUCUGAAUCUGAUUUUUUAGUCUGUGAUGGAUCUGAAUCAGCUCCGUCGAGCAAUCAGAAUCCUCGAAAAGAUCAAGCUUGCGGUUCAAGAAACAGUGCUGGAGAGGGUAUGGAGAAGCCAAACGAAGGUUUAGGGUUUGUGGAGAAAGAUUUCUCGAGUUCUCCAGUUGAUGAUGAUAAGAUGAGAGGUUCCGAGAACUCAUCUUCUAUCAAUCGUCAGAACAGUUUUACCGGUCCGGAUAUAUUCGGUUUGUACGAAUUCGGAAACAACACGCAGAGCUUUUCUAUUGAACCGGAUCUGGAUGAGAGUGAUGAAACGAGAGAAAUUAGGGAGAGAGAAGGGAUUCCUGAUUUGGAACCUGAAAAUGAUGAUCAUAAUAAUAGUCUUGUAAGGAAGAAUCAAAAGAAGAAGAAGGUUAAAAGGUCUUCUUCUUCAACUGGUAAAGCUGAUAAGAGAGAGAUGAAGUUAAAUGUUCCAGAGAGCUCUUCAACUGCUACAGGUAAGAGUGAUAGUGAAGCAACCCCUUGUAAUGGAGGAGAUCAAGCUGCAGGGGAGGCUGAUGAAUCUAAUGAAUCUUGCGCGCAAGAGACGGAAACAACUCCAGAGAUUGGUAAUGAAGUGAGAAGAUCAGAUGAAGAAGUUUGUGACGAAGCCUGUGAGUCUUCUUCUUCUUCUUCUUCUUCUUCUUCUUUGGAAUCAUAUGGUGCGGGCAUCACUGAUCUGAGGAAUAUAGUAGGAAAGAUCAAUUGUAUAUCCAAGGAAGCUGUGAGUUACAGUGAAGUCUCUGAGUUGCUUGAAGUGAGCAAAGUUGUUCAACAUCAACCUUUAGGAUCCCAACUCAAGGGAUUUGCUUCAAGGGUACUUGGUAGUUCCGUGAGUUCGACUCGCGCUCGUGCUUUGCAGGCAAGGCGUGGUUUACGCGAGGAGAGCCUCGCUGUUUCGCUUUCCGUGACAUUGGAGAAGCUUUGCAUGUGGGAAUCGAAGCUUUAUGCGGAAGUUACAGUCGAAGAAAAGCUUAGGGUUUUGUAUGACAAAUGGUACCAGAUUCUCAAGAGUCUUGAUCAGAACGGAGCAGAGUCUAGCGACAUAUACGAGGCGGAAUCUGUGCUUAAACUCCAGCUAUCCAAGAUUAAUGUUUCGGUUAGAGCGGUUGAAUCGGUUUCGAUGAGGAUUCAUAAGAUUAGAGACGAAGAGCUUUCGCUUCAGGUGAUUGCGGUCAUCAAUGGAUUCAAAGGAAUGUGGAGAUUCUUGGCGAAAUGUCACCAAAAGCAGUUUCAGACGAUGGCGAGAAGCAAGUCUUGUGUUCACAUUGUUGAGGAAAGACGCAGCUCGAGGAAAGGGACGCACAAGGUCGAAGAACAUAUCAGAAGAUUCAGGGAAUCUUUGAGAGGCUACAUUGAUGCGCAUAGAGGUUUCGUUAGGCUCUUAAACGAGUGGCUAAUCCGAAACAUCACGGAGGGAGAUGAAACCGAGACCGAGGCUCCUGUGAUAUUUAGGGUUUGCAGCGAGUGGUUAAGAGAGAUUGAGAGUGUGGAUGAGGGUAAACUUUUGAGUGCUGUUGAAGAAAUUGAAUUGAGAUUUCGAGGUCUAGGGUUUAAGCAAGUGGAGGAAGAGAAACAGAGGAUGAGAACAGAGAGAUUGUUUAAGGAGUUGGAUAAGAAGACAAAGGAAUUGGAGGAGAUUUGGGGACCGAAGAUAUUUUUUCCGGCAGGUGAUUCUAAGCCGACGGCGGAGGUGAUGAUGGGACCGGAGUUGUUGUCUUUGCGUGAGAGUGCGACGCAAGAAAGACAAGAGCAUGAGAGAAUUAUGUUCGACUUAAACGACACCGUAUCGAAGACUGUGCAAGAGUGUUUGGUUCCUGUCUUUGAGGCUUUGGCGGAUUUUUGUUUUAGUAAUUUGAAGGCAUAUGAGAACAUUAGAAUCGAUUCGACAGAAACUCCAUAA